AUGGAACAGCAAAGUGCAAAUUGUACCAUCGCUUGGCCUCUUAACGGAAUGAUAUUCUAUCUGUUUCUCGACUCUCAUUGGUUCGCGCCAUUUGCUUCUGCGCGCCGUGUGAAUGUGUUUGUGUGCGUGCGUGCGCACCCACUGGCGCUGACGCAUCGUUGCGGUGGGACUAACGCAGUGUACACGCCCGGGAACGCGACCGUCGGAGUUGCGUCACUGGGAGAGGGUGAAGUUCCACAAACUUUUCUGAAUGAUUACAGGCCUGGUGCAGGGCCAACUGCCUACCAGAGCUUUUGGCGUGAAAUGCGAGAACGCGAAGAGAUUCCAAUCUCAGGACCUCGAGAACAUCAUCUACACUUCAAUGAUAGAUUGGGCCUGCUGUGUCCAUCUCCUGUUGCGGAAAGAGUUCGUGUGAACCAUAGUCGUGAACGUCCAUCCGUUAUAAUCGCGGUCGAUCUUGACGAAAGUCUCAUCUACGGUCCCAUGAAACUCUCUGAGGGUGUUACAAUCGUUGCUAGCACUAUGGUGAAACCUGUUGCUAGGUCCAUCUUUCAAGUGACUAGUCGUGAAGCCUGUCCCUCGGAAUGCAAGGUCACGUAUGAGACACCGGUGCAAUUUAUGCUGGCUGAUGAAGGUCUCUCCAAUACCCCCUUGUACAUGGCCAGCGAUACCGUCACUUCAAUUGGAGCUACGAAUUCCAAAUCAGGUCAGAGGCGAGUCUUCAUGCAUGCGGACAAGCAGGACUACAAUACCCUAUGGAAGUUUCAACAUGUUGAUCCGCGAGUACGACUCGAAUUUGAGGGACUCCCCGUUCCUGCAAUGUCGGGGGCUCCUUCUGACCCUUUCAUAUGUGUGGCCCUCCCUUUGGCAUUAGGGCUUUGUCUGCGUUCAUUGGGCAUUCUGCAGCCCUAUUCUGGCAUGUCUUCCCCACCCAUGUUUGGUGACUAUGAGGCUCAACGGCACUGGAUGGAAAUAACUGUCAACCUCCCCAUUUCUGAGUGGUAUGUUAACACCUCAUCCAAUGAUCUACAAUACUGGGGUUUGGAUUACCCCCCAGUCACCGCCUACCACAGCUACAUCCUUGGUCAAGUUUCAAAAUUGAUUGAUCCAGCUUGGACUGAAUUGUUUAUUUCACGCGGUCUUGAAACCCCAGAACACAAAAGAUUUAUGCGGCUAACAGUUAUUGUGUCGGAUUGCCUAUCGUACAUGCUCGCAGCGCUUUUUUAUUGUGCCAUUACGCUGAAACGUUUGAAGAAAGACGCUGAGCUCUCGGGUUUUUCAGUUGCUCUAUCAAUGAUGUCCUUCCCAGGACUAAUCCUUUUGGACCAUGGUCACUUUCAAUAUAAUUGUGUUAGUCUAGGCCUAUUUGUGAUGAGCCUAGUAUUUUUCUCAGAGGAUCUCGAUGUAAUCGGUAGUGUGGUUUUUUGCCUAGCAUUCUUGUACAAACAAAUGGAACUCUACCACGCUCUUCCUGUAUUUUUUUUUCUUUUAUCAAAGUGCUUUUCUCAUUCAUUUGCUGUCGGCUUUAAACGUGUAGCAAUUUUGGCAGCAACAGUAUUCACAACCUUUCUUCUUGUCUUCCUACCAUUUCUCACUUCCCUCGAUCAACUGAAACACGUCGGGUUGCGCGUGUUUCCUGUAGAUCGGGGUCUUUUUGAGGAUAAGGUGGCAAAUUUCUGGUGCAUCUCUUCAGUCCUCAUAAAGUGGAGACAGAUUUUUACCGCAAAUGUGGCUUUGUACAUCUGUUGCCUUGUCACUCUCCUCACUUCUUUACCCGCGUGUUUGAGCCUGUUCCGGAGACCAAGUAUUUCUCGAUUCAUUCUGACUGAGGCCAUCGUGUCUCUCUCCUUUUUCCUCUUCUCCUAUCAAGUGCAUGAAAAAUCAGUACUCCUGGUUGCCAUUCCCGUGCUUUGUCUUCUCCCAAUAUUUCCUUUAUCGUCCUACUAUUUUCUGUUCGUGUCAACGCUCAGUAUGUGGCCUUUAUUCUACAAGGAUAGACUCUGUUAUGUCUGCGUUGCUUUAGUGAUAAUAUUCUAUGCAGUUGUCUCCAUUUGCCUUUCCACGGAUUCAACUGGGAAGCACAGAGUCUCUCUUGCUCGAUUCUGGCCCCUCAGCAUAUCCCUAAUAGGUUAUGCUAUUAUUUUUGCACUGCAAUUCUUUGUUCAGCCUCCAGUAAAGUAUCCGUUCCUCUUCCAACUCUUCGUAAAUGCUUACAGUUUUUUCCACUUUUCUGGUUUUUAUUCGCAGAGUCUUGCUAAGUGGGGGAACCCAAAUUGCGUUUCGGAGUGUGAGGCAUGGGGUGACGACGUUCUACGCGUAGGUGUUAUGUUCACGAUUUCGAUUGGAAGCGCGUCAGACGGUAGCGCUGAGAUGGCCUGCAAUGGGCUUAGGCGUGAUCAGCUGGAAUAUGCACGCGUGAUCCCUAUCACGUAUCAAUGGCUGGGGCGUCUGGUUGUGCAUGCAAAGUACAUCUUAUCGUUAUUUCAGAAAACGAUUGUUUGGAUGGAGAGACUGAUUAGAGGGUGUUUUUAUGGGAGUGUUUUUGGUGAUGUCUGCGGCGCGCCAUUCGAGUUGGGAUCUGGCAUACCCCUGAGUCGGAUUCUUGAUUUUUUCAAUGGAAGGAUUACUGGAGAGAAGAAUGACACUCUUCGUUACACCGAUGAUACAGAAAUGGCAUUGUGCGUCUGCGAUUCGUUGAAACGGGUGAACGGUUUCGAUGCAAUUGAUAUGGCUCGGACGUUUUCUAAUGCCUUUGAUGCCUCUCCAAGCUGUCGGCUUUAUGGACGUUCCAUUAGAUCCUUAUUUGAUCGAAUGAAAUCGUCGAAUUUUGCUGACCCAUUUAAAAAUUCCAGUCAACAAUUCAAUGGUAGUGGGUCCUACGGCAAUGGCGGAGGCAUGCGUAUAACCCCCAUUCCAUUGUAUGGCCUGGAACUUGAUACUAAAGAUUUUAAUACUCUAGUGUGUCAGGUGACUGCCUUGACUCACACAAAUCCUUUGGCUCUGUUUGGCGCCCUCCUACAGGCCCAUGCAAUCAGACGCGUUCUCGCUGUGGCCUCUGCUAGCAGUGACUCUGCGCCUUGCGCCAUAGAUGCUGCUUGUCUGGUGGACACUCUUCGCGGAGACCUAGAAAUGGCCGAUCUCUCUGCUUUCGCCUUUGGACGAUCUUCGAAUUUCCAUUUGAGUGCACUGCAACAGUAUCGAGAGAAACUGAACACAGUGAAGCAAUUCGUGAUGCAGGAGUCGUUUCCACAGAUUUCCGAGAUAGUUAGUCAGCUGGGCAACGGUGAACCUGCAAUACAGGCUAUACCUACUGCGCUGUAUGUUUUCCUUCAAUGUCUGAAGCCCAUGCCACACAUCCCCUAUGAGUCUCUAUUGAUAAAGUGCAGCAUCUACUCAACCAUGAUUGGCAAUGACACCGACACGAUCGGUUGCAUGGCGUGCGCCAUCGCAGGAGCACUUGUUGGUGCGGAGCGAAUCGAGAACAGCUCCUCUCUUGGCGAUUUGCAUGUUCCUGGUACUAUUUUUGGCCAUGUGGAGGGACUCAAGUCCAUCAACGGGUACUGCGACUGGCUCAUUCGACGCUUCAAAGGCUCCGGACACAGCAACUGA